GUUGGUUCCACUUAAUUCGUCAUUGGCCGCUGCAGGCAGAACUACUUGUUUCGUACAGAUAUGCCAAAACAGAAAAGGAAGCAAACAGGAGAACUCCGAAGUAGCAGUUUGACUAAAUGGUUAAAACCGUCUUGUCGUGCUGAAAAUGCUACUUGUGUGGAAAGAAUUUCAGAAGCAAAGAAUAAUUCCAACACGACCGUUAGAAGCGGAAUUGAUGCUAAAACUACGAACCCUGGUGGACCAACGAGUAGCACUUCGUAUCAAUGUAAGCACAGUCCACGCAAAACACAGUGUUUCAACAUGGUCCGCACACAGAAGAGAAAUGAUGACCGCGUUCUUACAAGACAGAUGUCCAUUGACAGGAAUCACAACAAAAUAUCACAUAGAAGAGCAUCUGAAAAGGAUGCUGAAGGUCGCAUUGAUAUGGCUCAUAUGAAUACUAGCAGUCAAAGAAGAGUUUCAAGACAAACUUCUCUUGUCAGUGAUCGGCAUGAAGAGGCACCAGCUACAGGAAAUGCAUUUAAAGUGGACUUGGACCUGAAAAGAACAAAGGAAAAUACAUUAACGUUUCACUUGAAAAUAGGAAAGGGCAAAGAACUAAAAAGAUACAUAUUGGAAUUUGACGAACACGAUACUAUUCUUGAUGUAAUUAAGCGUUUUCUCGACAAAUACAAAUCAAUCAUCAAUAAUUUGUUUCCGGAAUUGAAUAUUAGUGAACAACGUAACAUAGAAAGAUAUAUUCCUAAUUUUGGCAUGCCUGCGAAGUUAGUAGCAGGGGAGACUCUAGUCGUUAUUGAAAAAAAGGUUCAACCCAAAGUAACAGAGUACAGAAGACAGCUCGAACAAGGAGAUAGCUAUAUCGGUGUCAUAGUCAUUCAGGACGAUACUCUGUCAGAUGCCUUAACACGCGACGGACGUUUUACAGAGAAAAUUAGAAAUUGUGAACUUAGAGAAACUUCAGCUGGGGAAAAUAAUGUUAGCUUAGACCAACAGGCUUCAAGCUUUAUUGAUAAAAUAUUUUCUGUCAUUUGGUUGGAGGCAAAACAAGGCGGCUCUAGUAGAAUCCCCUCAGUGUCUCAAGGUGGACCACAACAAAUCGAUCGAUCUGUAGACGCCAAUUUCAUUUUGUCGAAACUUGGUGAUAUUGAAGACACCGCUAAAGAAGUUCGUAAGGUAUUGCAACAGACUAAACCCAAGGCAACUGCAAAUAAUGUAAGGAAUCGGUUGUCAAAUUUAUUCAGUUCAACUUUCACAGGAAUUCCUUUAAAUGUCUUGAAUCAUCUACAGAAAUCAGUAGGUAUUAUAAAGUGGCCUCAUAGUAUGAAUUCCACUGUUUUCAGAUUGGGCUCUAAGCACAUCAUAACUAAUUACCACGUAGUUAGAUUUAUAUACGACGCAAUGAGGGCAAAUCCAUUUAGACCAGAUGAUGUAACUAUCAGUUUUAAUUUUGUUAGUACACAACACAGCUUAACAAAAUAUACAUUGCGACAUGAUAGAACGGAAUACCAUAUGCCUUUCUUCAGUGAAACCGAAGACCUUGACUAUGCAAUUUUAGAAUUAGACAUUGACAAAGAUAUGGAAAUUGAUGUGCAAGACGCCAAUUCCAGCAUCGUUAACUGGUAA